UGGCCCGCAGCCGGUCGGUGGCUCAUGGUCCCCGAAGCAGCGGGCUGGGCGGAGUCUCCGGCGGCCGGGCCCACCAGGUGCCCCGUGGGUGAGGCAGCCGCCAGCGGCUUCCAGCCGCGUUCAUGGCGGUGGCCAGGAAGAUCAAAACUUUGCUGACGGUCAACAUCCUGGUGUUCGUGGGCAUCAUCCUCUUCUCCGUGUACUGCCGCCUGCAGGGCCGGUCCGCGGGGCUGGCGCAGCUCGUGCGCAGCGCCGACCGCCGGGUGCGCAGCCGGCUGACCCAGGCGGGCGCGCGGGCGGACCGCGAGGCCAUCCUGCAGCGCCUGGACCACCUGGAGGAGGUGGUCUACAACCAGCUGAACGGCCUCGCCAAGCCCAUGGGUCUGGUGGAGGGCCCGGGGGGCCCGGGCCAAGGCGGCGUGGCGGCCACGCUGCGGGACGGCGGCCAGGAGACGGCCGGCAACUACGAGGAGUACGGCUACAACGCGCAGCUCAGCGACCGCAUCUCCCUGGACCGAGCCAUCCCCGACUACAGGCCCAAAAAGUGCAGGCAGAUGAGCUACGCGCACGACCUGCCCCAGAUCUCCGUGGUCUUCAUCUUCGCCAACGAGGCGCUGUCGGUCAUCCUGCGCUCCGUCCACAGCGUCGUCAACCACACGCCCCCCCAGCUGCUCAAGGAGGUCAUCCUGGUGGACGACAACAGCGACAACGUGGAGCUCAAGUUCAACCUGGACCAGUACAUCAACAAGAGGUACCCGGGCCUGGUGAAGAUCGUGCGAAACAGCCGGCGCGAGGGCCUGAUCCGGGCGCGGCUGCAGGGCUGGAAGGCGGCCACGGCCCCGGUCGUGGGCUUCUUCGACGCCCACGUGGAGUUCAGCACCGGCUGGGCCGAGCCCGCCCUCACGCGGAUCCGGGAGGACCGCCGGCGCAUCGUGCUGCCCGCCAUCGACAACAUCAAGUUCGACACGUUCGAGGUGCAGCAGUACGCCAGCGCCGCCCACGGCUACAACUGGGGGCUCUGGUGCAUGUACAUCGUCCCGCCGCAGGACUGGCUGGACCGCGGUGACGAGGCCGCGCCCAUCCGGACGCCCGCCAUGAUCGGCUGCUCGUUCGUGGUGGACCGAGGGUAUUUCGGAGACAUUGGCCUCCUGGACCCAGGCAUGGAGGUGUACGGCGGCGAGAACAUCGAGCUGGGCAUGAGGGUGUGGCAGUGCGGCGGCAGCAUGGAGGUGCUGCCCUGCUCCCGGGUGGCACACAUCGAGCGCACCAGGAAGCCCUACAACAGCGACAUCGAUUACUACGCCAAGCGCAACGCCCUGCGGGCGGCUGAGGUGUGGAUGGACAGCUUCAAGUCCCACGUGUACAUGGCCUGGAACAUCCCCAUGACCAACCCAGGGGUGGACUUCGGGGACGUGUCCGAGCGGCGGGCCCUUCGCCAGAGGCUGAAAUGCCGCAGCUUCAAGUGGUACCUGGAGAACGUGUACCCCGAGAUGAGGACCUACAACAACACCCUCACGUACGGAGAGGUGAGAAACAGCAAAGCCAGCGGCUACUGCUUGGACCAGGGCGCGGAGGACGAUGACCGGGCGAUCCUCUACCCCUGCCACGGGAUGUCGUCCCAGCUCGUGCGGUACAGCACGGAGGGCCUGCUGCAGCUGGGCCCCCUGGGCUCCACCGCCUUCCUGCCCGACUCCAAGUGCCUGGUGGACGACGGCAGGGCCCGUGCGCCCGCCCUGAAGAAGUGUGAGGACGUGGCCCGGCCCGCGCAGCGGCUGUGGGACUUCACCCAGAGCGGCCCCAUCGUGAGCCGGGACACGGGCCGGUGCCUGGAGGUGGAGAUGGCGAAGGACGCCAACUUCGGGCUGCGGCUGGUGAUGCAGCGCUGCUCGGGGCAGAAGUGGGCCAUCCGGAACUGGGUCAAGCACGGCCGGCACUGA